CGAAAAGAUUGGAACGUGGUCCUGUGAUCCUCCCCCUCCCCGGAAAAAGUGAUCAGAACCUAAUUCUCAUCUUGUAUGGAUUUAUUAAAUCAACUAACAAAAAAAGAAAGAUAAAAAAAGAAGAAGAAGAAGAAGAAGAAACAGCCUCUCCACUCCUGUCUUUCCUCCAUUGGGGUCACGUUCUGGAUUUCCUUUUCCUACUCCUCGCUUUUCUUGUUCACUCUUACUUUUACCAUCUUAUCCUAUUACCAGUAAUCCACUUACGGAAUCCCGCAUUGAUUAUCUAUCUUACUUACUUCCAUUGAUUGAUCGCUAUCCUUUCUCUCUUCUUCCCCCACCCCUUCCUUUCUCCAACCAUUGGCACCAGAGGCUGGCCACCUCACGAAUGAUUCAGUUCAACUGAAUGUCGCUUCGCAUAAUGACUAGCACUGCUGUAUCAACAACAACUACAACAACACCCACCCCCCAGACUGCUGUGGAUACGGAGUCCAAGACCAAGAGGAAAGCCUCCACCGCCGGUCUGCCCGCCAAUGCCCGCCCUUGCGGUGUGAUGUGGUCGAAAAUGGUUCGCCCUGUACGAAUUGUCGGUUGGACCAAGAAAUCACGUGUUGAGGUCGACAAUGCAAACCCUCACCAGCUUUCUCAAUCGCCUGCAGAGGUCCCGGAUGAUGGGGCCAGUCUGUUCAGGCGGCUUAGCGAGUGCCAUGGGCUUUCCGACAUGGUCCCAGGCUCUCCUUCGCAGCGCUCUGUAGACCUGGAUCAAGGGCAGCACAUGCCGCACCUUCUCUAUCAGAGUCAGGCGAGCCGAAUUGGCUCUGGGGACCGCUUUCGAAGAAGAAUGGCCCCAAAUCCCGCUGUCCCGGCUACGCUCCCUUUGCACCAUGUGACUUCGCAGAUCCAACAGCUGCUAGAUCCUUCUUACGCCAAUGCCAGGUCCGGCGGGGUCGUCUUGCCUGACUACAUCCGCGGGUUACCGCCUCGCCUGCAAAAAGAAGACAUCGACUACCUGUCUAUGAAAGGAGCGUUGACGGUUCCCGAUGCGGGACUACGGAACGAGUUGCUGAAAAGCUAUAUCCACUACGUCCACACAUAUAUGCCCCUUCUUGAUCUCGAAGAUUUUCUGCAGACGAUCGUUCAGAACGAUGGCAUCCGCCGGUUGAGCCUCUUGUUAUUCCAAGCCGUCAUGUUCGCUGGCACCGCUUUCAUCGACCUCAAGCACCUGCACGCUGCCGGCUAUCCGACAAGAAAGGCAGCCCGGAAAGCAUUUUUUCAACGCGCAAGACUUCUGUACGAUUUUGACUACGAAGUUGACCGGAUCUCGCUCGUCCAAUCCUUACUUUUAAUGACCUACUGGUAUGAGACACCCGAUGAUCAGAAGGACACUUGGCAUUGGAUGGGCGUGAGCUUGUCCUUGGCACACACCAUCGGCCUUCAUCGUGACCCCGGAAACUCUCGUAUGGACCUUCGGCGCCAACGGAUGUGGAAACGUAUCUGGUGGAGCACAUAUACCCGGGAUCGCCUGAUUGCCCUGGGAAUGAGACGUCCGAUGCGUGUUAAAGACGAUGACUGUGACGUUCCGAUGCUGACCCUCGAUGAUUUCGAGUUCCAUGCAUUCUCACCGGAGAUCGUGAACAUGGUGGGCAAUUCGGAAAUUCUCCAAAAUGCGAGUCACCAGAGAGAGCUUGCCUUGAUGUUCAUCGAGAAGGCAAAACUCUGUCUCUGUGUUAGCCAUGUCCUGUCUGCUCAAUACUCGGUUUUGAGUCAUAAGUUUGGGGGCACAAUGGAGACGACCAUGAUGUUGGUGCCCAAGAAAUCCGCGGCGGAGACCUUUGAAGUUCGUCGUUGUGACCAGGAGCUGGAAGACUGGCUGGCCCACCUUCCGGCAGAGAUCCAGUACGCUCCCGCCGCGCCCUCCAAGUUGAGUGAGGCACAAGAAGUCCUUCAUUCCCAUCGGGCGCUCCUGAAGAUGGUCUAUUUGACCACGUCCAGCGCGCUCCACCGCCCCCAAGUUCUCCCUGCUAUCCCGUUCCCGUCCAUGGAUGCUGAGCUGCAGGAGAUCUCGAGAAACAAGGUGCGGUUCGCGGCGAUCGAGAUUACAAACAUCGCCCAGGACCUACAUAGUUUGGACCUGACCCGGUAUUUCCCUACGACGGGAGUCACGGUCCUCCUUCCCGCCGUUAUCAUCCACCUCCUGGACAUCAAGUCCAGCGAUCUCAAUAUCCGGAUGACAAGCCUUCAUCGGUUCUAUCAGUGCAUGCGCAUUCUGCAACGCUUGCGAGAAAUCUAUGCAUCGGCUGACUUUGCGACGUCGUUUUUGGAGGCUGCAAUUCGGAAAGCCGGGAUUCAGCUUACGGUAGCGCCCCAAGACGUGCACCCGCGGACAAACAGUACACUUGACACGACCGCACGCGUCAACACUCUGACUCCGCCCCCCGACUCACUUGCACAGAAAAUCCCUGACCUGACGUUUCCAAAAUCAGACGGGGCAGCACUUACCGGUCAGCUUGCUAAGGGAAGCGGACCUGGGUUGGCAUCCACACCUCCGCCCUCGGAUGGUAGCGAGAAUGGGAGUACCAAUAACCUCAAUCCGAGUUAUCACCAAGACGCCUUUACUAUUCCCAACUUUGAUUCGGAACUGAGCAUAAGCGAGCUCAUGGAUCUGGCGAAUGAUGCGGAAGUGACCCAGAAUGACUUCGAUGCCUUGAUCAAUUUUGACGACGCUGGCGCCGACUUCUUCGCAGCCGACGAUGGCUUGAAUCCGAAUGGGAAUGCCGGUGGGAAGAGCUAUGGCUUUGGUCUAGGUCCCAUGGGCAACCUCUCCGACAUCAUGGGAUUUGAUGCUGAGAACAAAGGUGUUGACUUGACCGGCUUGGGGGACGGGCAGCUCGCUGAAGAUCGCACUGCGAUACCACGGGCCGACGUAGCCAGUCUCGCGGCAGACCUGGAUGCGGAACUCGGGUUGAGUCUAUGAGUAUUCUAUUCUCGUAUUUUAGAACUCUUUUUU